UUGUUGCUGAUGUAUCUGCCACCACCACCACCACCACCACCAUGUCGCGCCGCAAGCAAUCCAAGCCCCAGCAUCUCAAGUCGGACGAGGAAGCAGUAGCAAUAGUUUCGGAAAAUUCAGCCCCAGGGGAAGGACCGGAUGAUGGUGAUAGUGGGAAUGAAAGCAGAAGUGGAAGUGAGGAAACCCACAUCUGUGAGAAAUGCUGUGCAGAAUUCUUCAAGUGGCCUGACUUCCUGGAGCAUCAGAAGAAUUGCACUAAGAAUCCACUAGUCUUAAUUGUAAAUGACGAAGAAGCAGCACCUUUGGAAGAAUUCCCAGAAGCAUCUCCUGCCAGCUGCCCAAGUGAUCAAGUCGAGAGUGAGGCUGCUGAGGAUAGUGCUCAGUUAGAGGGAAAUGACAGCUCUGAGGUAAAGAGUGCAGAGCAAGACGAGCCUAUGGAGGUAGAUGCCACCACUGACAAAGGUUACCAGAAUCAAGGUACCUCCAGCACUGCUACUUCGCUACCUCACAUUCCUGAAGCAUCUUCCAUGACCAAUUAUACCAUGCCAAACACUAAUGUGACUUUAGAGACUUUGCAAAGCACUAAAGUGGCCGUGGCACAGUUCUCCCAGGACACAAGAUCAAACUGUCCUAAUUCAAACAGUGCGGUGUCCACAAUGGCCAUCCCUAUGAUUCUGGAGCAGUUGAUGGCUCUGCAACAGCAGCAGCUCCACCAACUACAACUAAUUGAACAAAUCCGCAACCAAGUAGCAUUGAUGAACCCACAAACAAUACACCCUUUAAAUUCAUCAGUACCAACACAAGGUGCUUCAGUGGCUGCUCCUAGCCAGCAUGUUUCAUUCAGUGAUCAUUCUUCUCACCAGUUGUCAACAGCUGCUUCAGCAUCAGGAACAGGACAGGCAUCCAGUAUCCAUUCUUCUUCUGCCUUUGACAGCUCACAACAAGUUGCACAGCCUGCCUCUGGGGCUAGCACUCCAGGUUUGCCCGGUAGUGUAUCUCCCCGAUUGGAAUCAACCUUGCCCUCAUCCGCUGGUGGAAUUUCAUCUUCUUUGACUCCAAAUUCUGGUUCAAAUACAAGUAAUACUUUGCCUCAGUUACAGAGUUCAGCUUUAUCACUUGGACACGGAAGCCUUCAGUCCCCUUCCAGCCUGUCUAUUCCACUGCUACCUCAAAAUUCAACAAGUAGUGUGAUCUUCCCAAACCCGCUGGUCAGCAUUGCAGCAACUGCCAAUGCUCUAGAUCCAUUGGCUGCUCUUAUGAAACAUCGCAAAGGAAAACCACCCAAUGUAUCUGUGUUUGACCCCAAAAUAAGUUCAGAAGAUCCAUUCUUCAAGCAUAAAUGCAGAUUUUGUGCAAAGGUGUUUGGAAGUGAUAGUGCAUUACAGAUCCACCUCCGUUCCCACACUGGAGAGAGGCCCUUCAAGUGUAAUAUUUGUGGGAAUCGUUUUUCCACUAAGGGUAAUCUUAAAGUUCAUUUCCAGAGGCAUAAAGAAAAGUAUCCUCACAUUCAAAUGAAUCCAUAUCCAGUCCCUGAAUAUCUUGAUAACGUACCCACCAGCACUGGAAUUCCAUAUGGGAUGUCCUUACCACCAGAAAAACCAGUGACUACAUGGUUGGACACCAAGCCUGUGCUGUCGACCUUGCCAACGUCAGUUGGAUUACAGUUGCCUCCAACUCUAUCAAGCAUUUCCAGUCUUGGUGAAUCGCCAAGUGUGACCCCUUUAAAUAGGUCUCCCCAAAGGCCAUCUCCUCCAUCAAGUGAAUGUGCUUCUUUGUCACCAAGCAUGACCAAGACUGAUUCCAACAUUCCACUCACUGCAGAAUCUCCACAGUCAAUUAAUGGUGGCAGUGUAGUUUCAAAAGUUCAAGUUUUAAGUGCACCCACUUCAAGUUUAAAACCAGUAGAAAGCAGUGCACCUGGGUCCUCAGCUCCUAGUUCCACUACAUCGUCUGCUACAGCAGACAAUGGAGUAAACAAUAUAGCUUCAACCCUUACAAGCCCUCUACUUCCAAUAAUAUCCGAACACUUUCAAGCAAAAUUUCCCUUUGGUGGUCUGUUAGACUCUAUGCAAACAUCUGAGACCUCAAAACUACAACAGUUGGUGGAGAACAUUGAUAAAAAGAUGACCGAUCCAAACCAAUGCGUGAUCUGUCACCGUGUACUGAGUUGUCAGAGUGCUCUGAAAAUGCAUUACCGAACACACACAGGUGAAAGGCCUUUUAAAUGCAAAAUCUGCGGACGAGCCUUCACCACAAAAGGCAACUUAAAGACACAUUUUGGAGUUCAUCGAGCAAAACCGCCUCUUCGAGUACAGCAUUCCUGUCCCAUCUGCCAGAAGAAAUUUACAAAUGCUGUAGUUUUACAACAGCAUAUCCGCAUGCACAUGGGAGGGCAAAUCCCGAAUACGCCUUUACCAGAGGGCUUCCCAGAUAAUAUGGACACAGACCUUAGCUGUGAUGACAAUAAUGCUGAGACAAUGAGCAACUAUCUUGAUGAUGACAUGAUGGAUGAAAAUUCAAUGGAAGAGGAGGCAGAGUUAAACAUUACCACAUCUGAGUCUUCAAAGCCAUUGUACUGCUACUCCCAUUCAUCACCAACUUCAUCUCCUUCAGUGAUUUCCAGCAUUGCUGCACUGGAGAAUCAGAUGAAAAUGAUAGACUCUUCUUUAAGUGCUCAGCAGCGAUCUUGUCUCAAAUCUGUUGAAAAUGGAUCCAUGGAAAGUGAUCGUUUAACAAAUGAUUCCUCCUCAGCUGUGGGUGAUUUGGAAAGUCAAAGUGCAGGUAGCCCUGCAAUAUCAGAGAGUUGUUCUUCAAUGCAGGCUUUGUCACCCGUGCAUAGCAAUGCUGAGAGUCAAAGAUCCAAGUCACCAGGCUUUGUCAAUCAAGAAGAACCACAUGAAGCAUCAGUGAAAUCAGAAAAAGCAGAAAGUCCACCAUCUCUUCGGGAGAAUGGAGGUGCACUAGAUCUGACAGCCAACAACCUGGGGCGACCGAUCAUCAAAGAAGAGGCUUUUAGUAUGCUGUUCCCCAACCAAGAAUGUGGUCCCACCCAAAGUACUCCUAGCCUGAUCACCACCACCGCACUCACCGUGGUCAAAAUGGAAGUCAAUGGUCACAGCAAGUCGAUCUCCCUAGGUGAUGGUACGCAGGUUCCAGUUGGUAUACAGGCUUCAGCUGCACCACAGACAGCCAUGAGUCCAGGUAUGACACCCAUUCUGGCGCCGCCACCUCGUCGAACACCCAAGCAGCAUAACUGUCCAUCCUGUGGGAAGGCCUUUUCUUCUGCAAGUGCUCUACAGAUCCAUGAGCGCACCCACUCUGGUGAAAAGCCCUUUGGCUGCACAAUCUGUGGCAGAGCUUUUACAACAAAAGGGAAUCUUAAGGUUCACAUGGGAACCCAUAUGUGGAAUAAUGCUCCAGCGAGACGGGGUCGUCGUCUGUCGGUGGAGAACCCAUUGGCUUUGCUGGGUGGUGAUGCUAUCAAGUUCUCAGAGAUGUUUCAAAAGGACUUGGCAGCUCGGGCAAUGAAUGUUGACCCAACAUUCUGGAACCAAUACGCUGCUGCUCUUACGAAUGGUCUAGCUAUGAAAAAUAAUGAGAUUUCUGUUAUACAGAAUGGAGGCAUUACCCAACUCCCUCUAAGCUUGGGGGGCAGUGGUAUUCCUGCUCUAACUAAUUUGACCGGUGGAAUGGACAGGGUUCGCACAGGAAACAUUUCGCCCAUUACUGGCGUGGAAAAACCAGGCAUGGAAGGAGGAGCAAUCCGGCCAUUUAUUAAAUUUAUUGAAGAUAAUAAAGAAAUUGGCAUUAACUAAAAUGUGCACUCUUAGACACAAGUAACAAAUGGACCAUUUUAUCUUUGGAAUCUUGUACUAUAUUAUGUACAGUUUUUGGAGUAUAACUUCAGUAGAUGUUAAGAUAUGACUUGAACUCCAAAUACUCAGCUGUUGUGUUUUCUUGCUCCUUCUUUACUCAUAACCAGAAUCAAGAAAGUUCUAUAUUCUGGCUGUAGUUUGGGUUGUCUUGCAAGAUUUGCAUGAUACUACUUGUUUCAAUAGUAUGUUUUGCAGAAAAUCAUUUCAGAACUAAAAAAAAAGAAAAAAUAAUUGUACGUGCAUACGUUGAUAGCCCUUGAUUUCUGUGACAAGGUGAACUGUUUCAAUGGAUUGGAAACUGGAUGGAGUUAGUGCUCUUAAUUUAGUUCCUUGAUGGCAGUACUGUAAGUGGAAUCGCGAAGAGCCAUGAAACCAUAAACUGACUGGAGUAUGGCAGAACAAGCGUGCUGGUUGUCUUCACAUGAAGUAGAAACUUGAAAUUAUAAUUUUAUCCUGCUCUUUAAAAAGAUAAAGUGAUUCUCGUGUCCCAGGAGAUGUGUAAUAUAAAAAAACCUGUGCUUGUCUGUUCUAUUUAUAAUGUCAAGGUUAUGCGGGUUAGAAUUGGAAUCCAUCCAACCCCACCUUAAUUACUUUUUGACUCUCCAUAAAUACAUGCAACUUGUUUGCAUAUACUUAUAUGAUUCUCAUGAA